AUCCCACGGCCUCAUCUUCCCCCCCUCUCUUACCCCCCGCCCCGCCUCUUUCUUUCGUCUCUUCGCUUACUCUUUCUUCCUUUUCUUCUUCUUCUCUUUUUCUCUUUAAUCCUCUCGAAUUCCUCCCGUCCCCUCGCCGGAUUCCGGCCGAGGGUGCCGUCCGUACAGCCAUUUUCCGGCGAGAUCGCCGGAAUCCGGGCAAUCUCUCUCGAUCGUCCACCUAUGUAUUAUUAACCUCGUAAAUUGUUUCCUCUGCCCAUUGUGCCCCUGGUUACGGUAUCUGACGUGGCGGGAGCUGGGGUCGCGAUGUCGAGCCACGCGCGCGAGGUGAUAGCGACGUCCAGGAAGCGGAAGGACAGGGGCGGCUCCGCCGCGCCGACGGCAGGGAAAGCCGAGCCGGCCGGGGGCGGCACGCCGCCGGCGGGGAACCAGCUUCUGGCCGGAUACCUGGCCCACGAGUUCCUCACCCGGGGGACGCUCUUCGGACAGCGGUGGGACCCGGCGGGCCGGUCCGACCUUGUGGAGAGCAAGAACCCGGACCCGGCCCGGGCGGGCGAGCCGGGCCCGGUGAAGGCGUACGCGGAGGUGGCGUGCCUGCUGAAGGCGGAAGGGGCCCAUAUCCCGGGAGUCGUCAAUCCCACCCAGCUGGCUCAGUGGCUCCAGAUGUGAGCGGGCGGGCGGGCGGGCGGGCGGGUAGCGGCCAACCAUUCCUCUCUUUCUUCUUCUUUGUUUUCGUGAACUCUUCUCAAAAGAAUGGAAUGGAAGAGAAGUAAAGAAAAAGGGGGAGGGAAAUCCCCUUUCUCCCUUCCCCCUCUCUUUGUGCCAGCGUGCAUGAGUCGUGAGGGCACCAAAGCAAAGCUAGCAAAAGAUCUCGGGGGCCUAAAAAUCAGGGAAGAAAGUGGAUUUUUUUGUUUUAUUUUGUCUUCUUUAUUUUUUUUCCUUUAUUUGGAAACUAGAUCAAUGACUUUUGCUGUAAGAUGAAUUGAUGAGUUCAUGUCGGUUUUUUUGUUGUUGUUAUUGUUAAGCAUAUAUAUAUUUAUAUCUCUA